AUGACAGAGCGAUACCAGCAGGCGUGCCGCAAGCGAGGCGCAAACCCGCAGGCCGAUGCCGAUCGUGUGUCGAUCCUGCAGCGUGCUCCCCCGCUCUUGGCUCGCCAGACAUGCAUGGCCGCCGAUGAGUGGCCACCGCACGCCCAACAAAGCAAAACAGGGCAGCAGAGCCACUAUCCUGGAGCCUCCUGUCCUACGCACGCCAUGACAAACACGCCGUCCACGUUUGGCUCCCGUCUGGCUCGCAUCCGCAUCCCCUUCAUCCCACCACCUUCCUCCGUGCCCCGCACCACCAUCGCCGCCCUCCUUUGCACACGCUCCGCAGUGCAAUCGGUGCGCGCCCACUCUUCACCGUACAUGCGCAUCACCCGCAUCGUGUGA